AUGUCUUUACCCAAAGAGCCAACAACAAUUACAUACCGCCUCGAGAAAUUCUCGCGCUGGCCUUCUCCAUAUCGGAGCGUAGACUCAAAUAACACCACUACAAUCAGCAUUAAUCAUAGUAGUAGCAGCAUUAAUGCUAAUAAUGACCAAACCGCACUUCCUUGGUUCCAUUAUUGCCAACCUAACAUUAUGCUAAAGCUAGAAAAUAUGUAUCCUCCUAAUGUGUUAGGAGGUGGCGGGGAGCCGAUUUUCACGGUUUAUGAUGACAGGGGAAGCAUUCUGGAACAAUUUAACGCAUCGUAUAAAUACGCUGCUACCACUAAAGCCAAAAUGGGAUUAAGAAGUCCAAUUAUAGGAAUAAAAUAUUCCGAAACUGAAGUUGAUGGGAUUGGUCGCACCACUGAAAAAAUCAUAAAAAUUCAAAUAAGGUUUCGGAAUGCCGAAGAUUACGAAUUAUGCUCGUCUAUAUUCGGAAGAUACAUUACAAAAAAAGAUGCAUUGACCACGACUGCUGCGACAGCUGGAUCCUCAAUUUCUGCUGCUGGUGCUCAAAAUUCGAAUGAAAUACAAAUGAGUGCUCACGGUAACAAUACUAUUAAUAAUAGUUAUAGUCAGGCUUUUAGUUCAAGUGGUAGCAGUAGUGCAAUCAAUCAAAGUAUUCAACACCAGGAAUUUUUGCAGCAGCAACAGAUGCCUUUUAUGCCAUCACGGGCUCAACCAACUCGGGCUCCUUUAAUAUGUGUCCCGUCAUACGAAUUGGCAAAACAUACCAAUCAUAAUAUAAAUAAUCAAUUCAACAAUUCUCGAGAGAGCAGCAUCAGUGGCAAUCACCAUCAAAAUAUUCAACUAUCACUUUCAAAACAACAAAAUACAGUAUCCUUUGUUAGCAACAAUAAUGACAAUAAUCUUAGCAACAAUAAAACCAACUCGAUUCAGUCAUCGAAUCAAUCCAAUAUUUUGCAGCAACAAUACCAAGAUCGCGGUUCUAACGGCACGCAAUUCGAUCCUGCAUUCAAUCCUCAGCUACAGCCGCAACAAAAUUAUCAACUUUCAUCAUCGCAAUCCUUUCCGCAGCAGCAACAAUCAACACCAUCCAAUAACAAUAAUAAUUUUUAUCAACCACAAAAUCAGAAUACAUAUCCGACGCGACAACAGAGAUCAAUUGCCUCUGAUGUUUCACCAGACGUUAGUAUUGUUAAUAACCAGAACGAUAACAAUAAUAAUCAUCGUCAAGAAUCCUCGGGUAAUAAUUCUAAUACUAUCGAAUCGCAACAGAAAACGGUUGAAGUGGUUUCUCUCUUAUCUCCGUCGCCGGCAGUUGCUAGCAUCAAAAAAGAACAGAGAGAAUUGAGUUUGGUGGAUUUGACAAUAGACGACGAGGUCUCACCCGACGACUUGUUUAAUAAUAAUAAUUACCAAACACAGCAACAGCAGAAAACGCAAGAAUAUCAAAUGAAAUCGAGUAAUGAAAUUCCUCUUGCUCCAAAUUUAAUUUCCACGGAAUCAUCUCCAUCGUGUCCUCCUCCUCCUACUACUCCAAUAUUCGCUCAGGAACUAGAAAAUAAUAAUUACGCAACAGAAAAACGACAAUACCCAAUUUCAUAUCCUGACAAGAAAUUUUCGCCAGAUCGUCAGAAAUUAUUUGCCCAAAAUCCUCGAUCCCCAGAACCACAGCCACAACUAAAAGCAAAACAACCUCAAACAGAUGUAUUUUUUAUAGAUGCAGAAGACGAACAACGAAAUUUUCCAUUUCCAGCCAGUACAUCAGAUAUGAGUAACAUUACGUCUUCAUUUCAUCAUCAGCAUCCAGCAAGACAAUUGAACAUUGCAUCGUCUAGUUCACAUGCCGCUGCUGCGGAUUCAACAAUUGGAUCGCUGCGUAAACAAGACAUAUCCUCGCGAUUUGCGACAAUUCAGGAACGACAACAAAUAAUACCUAAUAAUAAUAAUCCUAUCCCAGAUGACGAUGAUACACUUGAAGAAUGGCUUGUAAACAUAUUAAAAGAUCCUGAAUUCUCGGAUUUGGUUUCAAGGGUUGACAAGUUCUGGAAGGCACGUUUCAUGGUAGAUGAUAUGUUAACAAAAUAA